AUGCCGCCGACUGCUCGCAUCCUCAUCUACUCUGCCACUCGUGGAUACCGCCACGAUUCCAUCCCGAUGUCUAUUGAGAUCCUGAAUGUAAAGGGUCCGUCGAUUAACGUGCAAUUCGAUGCGACGGAAGACGAGACGUGGUUCACGGAUGAUCGCCUGAAGGAGUACGACGCAUUGCUCUUCUUGAAUAACUCCGGUGAAGUUCUGGAUGAAGCUGGCAAGGCAGCAUUCCAGAAUUACUUGAACCUAGGAGGGAAUUUCAUUGGCAUUCAUUGCGCAUCUGCAUGUUUGUAUGAAUGCGAGUUCUACAGGAAGGAGAUAGGGGCUUUGUUCGACUACCACCCUGAGAUCUCCACUGGGGUGAUUGAGGUACUUGACCAGAACCACCCCACCACCAAGAUGCUACCGCCCAAGUGGGAGGUCUUCGACGAGAUGUACAAUUUCAGGUCCGAUCCUCGUAGCGUCGGUGCGAAAGUCAUUCUCAUAGCUGAUGAGACAAGCUACAAAGAUGAUGGUGAGAGGAAGUAUGACCACGGCACGCCUCAUCCGAUGGCUUGGUACCAAGAGCGUGGAGCGGGAGUCGAGAGCACUGGCACUGCUGGACGCAGCUGGUACACCGCGCUCGGACACGGGGAGGAGACGUGGCGCGAUGAUCUUUUCAUCGCACAUGUGUUGGCCGGAAUACAGUGGGCUCUAGGAUCGAACACUACGAAGGCCUUCAACCCUAAUGUCCAGGUAGGGAAUGCGUGA